GACCUUUACUUCAAAUUUCCGCAUUUUUGAUUUGGAGCAAGGAGCUUUCGCUUCAUAAAAGUUUACCGUGCCUUCAGGUAUAGCACUUAAAAACAGCCACGUAAAAAUGUCACGGUUUUUCCUCAGAGCAGGAUUCAGGAGAUGCAUCGCCCCUCAGAUUAGGAUGAUGUCUGAUCAGCUUGGAGAGUUGGGCAAGGGAGCAGGCAAAGGAGGAGGUGGAGGUGGCUCUGUGAGGGAGGCAGGUGGUGCAUUUGGAAAGAGACAAGUAGCAGAGGAGGAGCGGUACUUCAGGCAGAGGGAGAAAGAGCAGAUGGAGGCGCUAAGAAAGCAUCAUGCAGAGGAGAUUGAACACCACAAAAAGGAGAUUGAGCGCCUACAGAAGGAGAUCGACCGCCACGUGGGCAAAAUCAGAAAGCUGUCACAUGAUGAUUAAAGCUGAGAAGCCUGUUAUGGUUUCCCCUCCUGAGAGUCCGGCCAUUUAAGUUGCCCAGUCAAUGAUUAUGAUACGGAUAUUGACUGAUUUACUGCUGGUCAAGGCAGGUCCUGUAUGGCACUUCAUACUGACUCCAUAGAUACUAAUAUAACAAUAAAGUGCAUUUUUGAAUAA